AUGACUCGGCCCUUAAUUUGGUCCGAUAAUAAUUUAUUUAUUUUAGCAUUUCUUAUUCGUUUAUUUUUUAUUUUAUAUGCUCGGAUUCACGAUUAUUUAUUUAAUUUAAAUUUUACUGAUGUUGAUUACGAAGUUUUUACAGAGGCUGCACUUUUGGUUUUACAGGGAUCCUCUCCAUAUAAUCUUUCAACUUAUAGAUAUUCACCAAUUAUUGCGUGGAUUCUUGUUCCUAAUUAUUUUUUUGCUGAUUUUGGGAAAAUAAUUUUUUUGAUUUUGGAUGUUUUUGUUGGUUGGAUACAAUUACAAUAUUUUACCCAAUAUGACAAAAACUCUACAACAAGUAAAGAAAUAAUUUCAAACAAAUUAAUUUUAUUUCGUCGUUCAAUUUGUUUUCUUUGGUUAUUUAAUCUUUUCAAUAUAAUUAUUGCAACUCGCGGAAAUUCUGAUGCUUUAAUUUGUUUUUUAAAUUUGUUGACAAUGAUUGAAUUAUCCAAAGGAAAUUAUUUAUUCUCAGCUGUUAUUCAUGGAUUGGCAACACAUUUGAGAAUAUUCCCUUUAAUUUAUCUUCCUUCAAUUUUUCUUCAUUUAUCCAAUUAUAAAAAUAAAAAUUUGGGAAAUAUUAAAUUAUUUAUUUUAAAUUGUUUACAAAACAAGAGGGGAUUUUUAUUUAUUUUUGCAAGUAUUUUCUCUUUUUUACUUUCAACUUUUAUUUUUUAUUUAUUUUAUGGACAAUCAUUUAUUUAUUCUUCUUUUUUGUAUCAUUUAACAAGAGUUGAUGUUUCUCAUAAUUUUUCUCCAUAUUUUUUACCUUUAUAUUUGUCAAUGAAUAAUAAAGAAUGGACUAAAUUUAUUGGAAUUUUUUCAUUUUUUCCACAAAUUAUUUGCAAUGCUUUUUUUGCUUUAAAAUUUUCAGAUGAUUUGCCGUUUUGUUGGUUUUUGACAACAUUUGCAUUUGUCUCUUUUAAUAAAGUUAGUACUUCACAAUAUUUUAUUUGGUAUUUUUGUUUUCUUCCUUUAAUUAUUCAUAAAAUUAAAUUAAAUUUAAAUAAAUUAUUUUCACUUUUGGCUAUUUGGUUAUUUGCUCAAGGUAAUUGGUUAUUACCUGCUUAUUUACUUGAAUUUUGUGGAUAUAAUACAUUUAAGAAAAUAUGGGCAAAAAAAGAAAGGCUUUUGAAGAUAUUAACAAAAAAGCGACAGGUUUAUAAUUUUUUAAAAUUUAAUUUAAAUAUAUUUUUAGGUGUUCGAUUUGACAAACUUAAAGGGCAACACAUUCUAAAAAAUCCUGGAGUUGUCCACGCAAUUAUUGAAAAGUCGGCAAUAAAAGGCACUGACACGGUAAUGGAAGUGGGAUCUGGUACUGGAAAUAUGUCACUAAAAAUUAUGCAAAGAGCAAAAAAAUUGAUAGCUUUUGAAAUAGACCCAAAAAUGGUUUCAGAAUUACAAAAAAGAGUUAUUGGAACUCAAAAUCAGUAUAAAUUAAAAAUAAUUACUGGAGAUGUAAUUAAAAUAAAAGAAUGGCCCCAAUUUGAUAUUUGUGUCUCCAAUUUGCCUUAUAAAAUAUCUUCGCCUUUUGUUUUUCGAUUAUUGUUGCAAAGACCUUUGCCAAGAUAUGCUGUUUUAAUGUUCCAAAAAGAAUUUGCUGAUCGUCUUACAGCCUCUCCUGGUAGUAAAUGUUAUUGCCGUUUAUCUGUUAGUGUACAAUUAUUAGCAAAAGUUGAACAUUUAAUGAAAGUUAAACGUUCAGAAUUUGUACCUCCUCCAAAAGUUGAUUCUGCUGUUGUACGCAUAGAACCUAGAUCUCCCCCACCAGCAAUUUGUUAUAAGGAAUGGGAUGGAAUGUUAAGGAUUGCAUUUAUGAGAAAAAAUAAAACUAUUCUUUCUUUAUUUAAACAAAAGAAUGUUGUUAACAUUUUGGAGCGUAAUUAUAAAAUUGUUUGUAAAUCAAAAGGAAAGGAAAUUUCUGAUGAUUUUUCUAUGGAAGAAUUAAUUGAGCGAACACUUGUUGAUGGACAAUUUGCUAACCGGAGAGCAAGAACAAUGUCUAUAGAAGAUUUUCUUGCUCUUUUAAUAAAUUUUAACAAGGAAGAUAUUCAUUUUUCUUAAUUUUUGUUAUUGUUUUUAAUAUUAUCAGUUAAAGAUUAUAAUAUCGACCCAUAUCCUCGUUAAUUUAUUAUCAUUUUUAUUUUACAUAUUUAUAGAUUUCAUACAAUGUUUCUUUUCU